CGUUGACUUUGCUAUCAAUGAGUUCGAUUUGGUGCAAUGCCAUGACGGGAUGUUAGGCAGAGCUUUGCUCGAUGUGUCGUAUUCCAAUAGUGCAGACUGAGACAUAGGCGCACUCGACGCGACAAAUAUGUAUAUGAUUGUGUGCACAACCACACGCCCCUGGUCAUCAAAACCGCAGUGCAAAUCCCUCACCCACCGCCUCCUCCCUCCUGCGUCUUCCUUGCCUUCCUUCUCUCCAUCUUCUUGCAUCCUUACAUUCAUCUACCUCUACAUUCCUCGAAACCAUAGUCGCGACUUCCUACAUUUCCGUUCCACCUGCUGUUCUUUGCCCUGCUAUUGAUCGAAACAGCCCUUCAAGCACAAUAAUGAUGCCUUCAUCAGGAGCACCGGCGAGUACACCCUCAGGCAAUGACGUGGACGAGCUCACCGAGAUGUUGAGCCAACUUUACACUGCGCCAACAAGUGAGGAAUGCGAUGCCAUUGCUCGCGAUAUGGCCGCCAAGGUCGUCAAGGACGGACUUAUCCACCUCAAGACCACAAACAUGCUCAAGAAUCUCGAGACGGAAGCGAAGAACAAGAAGUCAGGCCUGGCGCGUGAGGGUGCUCUGAUUGGGAUCUGUGCUCUAGCCGAUGUCAUUGGGCGACCUUCAGAACCAUACCUGGUACCCAUGCUGCCGACCAUCCUUGAUUUAUAUGCCGACAAGGGUCCCGUGGUGCAGGACGCAGCCGCGAGAGCAGCGGAGUCCAUUAUGGCAAUCAUGCCCUCGCAGUCAGCUCCCAUGAUUCUGCCAGUUCUGUUCCAGUGUAUAACGGGGCCAGGAAAGAAAUGGCAAACCAAAGUAGGGGCGCUGCAGCUGUUGGCAGACCUCUCGAAUGCUUCUCCUAUCCAGGUCGGCAUUGCGCUUCCAGAGAUUAUUCCCAUAGUCAAGGACUGUCUCUCGGAUACGAAGAGUGAGGUUGUGGAGCAAGCUAACAAGACAAUGCUGCGCGUCUGCAACGUUGGCGGUAACCCCGAUAUCUCUCGCCAUCUCAAGGACCUCUGCGAUUGCAUGGCUCAUCCAGAUAAAGUACCUGACAUGAUGGAAAAGCUCUCAGCGACGACCUUUGUCGCCGAUAUGCACGGUCCAGCUCUCGCUAUCAUGGUCCCACUCCUGGUCCGUGCCCUCAACGAGCGAUCUGCACAUGUGCAACGACAGACCACAAUCAUCGUCGACAACCUGUGCAAACUGGUCAAGGAUCCAGCAGAGGCCGGUCAAUUCCUGCCGGAUUUACUGCCUGGUUUGGAGCGCAUCAUUGAUGUGGCAGCCGCGCCUGAGAUUCGCGCCUUGGCCACGGCUGCCAAGAAUACGCUUAUCAAGGCUGGAGGGGCCACAAAGGUCGACCCAUCAACGCAGACAGGAUCCAUUGUCCCAACUGAAACAGAAGCCCGUACCAUUGUGAGCCGUGCGGUCAGCAAGCAUGGCUUUUAUCCGUCGUUCUUUGAUGUGGUCAAGAACCAUGUUGCGAGCCUGUCGAUUGUGCUGAUCAAGGAAGAAAACCUGUCACCUCGAGAAUGGAACCAGAUCGUAACUCCCUAUUUCACUGCGUUCAUGCCCCUGACUGACGCAACGGCCGUGGUCAAGACGAUCUUGGAUCACUAUGUGGAGCUAGAUCGAAAACUGAAUGGCGAAGGAUCUGUGGAUGACGACGAGAAUGGCGAGGAACUUUGCAACAUCGACUUUUCGCUGGCAUACGGAGGCAUGAUGCUGCUUAACCAUACCAAACUCAAGCUGAAUCGUGGACAUCGCUAUGGCCUGUGUGGACCCAAUGGUGCCGGAAAGUCGACUCUCAUGCGGGCAAUUUCUUUGGGCAAGUUGGAUGGAUUCCCUUCUUCAGACGUCCUGAAGACAGUGUUUGUAGAGCAUGCGCUACAAGGAGAACAAGGAGAAAUGGGCGUCGCCGAAUUUGUCGCCUCGGACUCGAAGUUGGCCAACACAUCCAAGGAGGAGAUUACAAAAGCACUGUCGUCUGUCGGGUUUACGCAUGAGAUGCAAAAGAGUAAGGUUGCAUCUUUGUCUGGCGGAUGGAAAAUGAAGCUGGAACUCGCACGCGCCAUGUUGAUGAAUGCGGAUAUCCUGCUACUGGACGAACCUACGAAUCACCUAGAUGUCGCCAACGUCAAGUGGCUCGAGGACUAUCUCGUGAGUCAAACUAAUGUCACGUCGAUCGUUGUCUCCCACGACUCGAGCUUCCUCGACAAUGUCUGCACCAACAUCCUCCACUAUGAACGCAAGAAACUCAAGAUGUACAAGGGUAACCUGUCCGAGUUUGUCAAGAUCAAACCCGAGGCCAAAUCUUACUACACCCUGGCAGCCACUUCCGUCAAAUUUGAGUUCCCGAAGCCCAGCUUCUUGGUCGGCGUCAAAUCCAAUACCAAAGCGAUCAUGAAAAUGACUAACUGCACCUAUACAUACCCUGGAGCCGCCAAACCGUCGCUGUAUAAUGUCUCUGUCCAACUGUCUCUCUCGUCACGCGUUGGCGUCAUCGGGCCUAACGGAGCAGGAAAAUCGACUAUGAUUAAGUUACUGACAGGAGAGGCCUCGCCACAGGAGGGCACUUCAUGGAGACAUCCCAAUCUUCGUAUCGGAUAUGUGGCUCAACACGCAUUCCACCAUCUGGAGCAGCACCUGGAAAAAACACCAAAUGCGUACAUUCAAUGGCGCUAUCAAGGAGGUGCGGAUCGCGAAGUGCUGGAGAAGUCGACGGUGGCCAUGAGUCCUGAGGAACUUACUCAGAUGGAGACCUGGGUCACGGGCAAGGAUGGCAGCAAACGUCAGGUCGAGAUGUUGAUGGGACGUCAAAAGCUCAGAAAGUCGUACCAAUACGAGGUCAAGUGGAAGAACCAUGUGCACAAGUUCAACACCUGGAUGCCGCGCGAACGUUUGCUCGAACUUGGAUUUGAAAAGUUGGUGCGCCAAUUUGAUGACCGGGAGGCCUCGAGGGAGGGACUUGGCUAUCGCGAGCUGACACCCUCAAGUAUUCGUCGGCAUUUAGAAGAUGUUGGUCUGGACGGUGAUAUUGCGGACCACAAUGUGAUCAGUGGACUUUCGGGCGGCCAAAAGGUCAAGGUGGUGAUUGCUGCUGCCAUGUGGAACAACCCACAUAUGCUUGUGCUGGACGAGCCAACCAAUUACCUAGACCGAGAGGCGCUCGGAGGCCUUGCGGUUGCAAUCCGUAAUUGGGGAGGCGCUGUGAUUAUGAUUUCACACAACAAGGAGUUUUUGAAUGCGCUCUGUCCGGAGACAUGGACGAUGAGUGCGGGCAGGAUCACGAUCAACGGCAAGACGGCGGUAGAGGAGGGCAACUUUGAGGACUCUGAGAAACCGAUUGUGGUAGUGAAUAAGAAGAAGAAGAAGAGCCGAAAUGAUAUUAAGGCACAGGAGAUACGCCGCCGACUGCGACAUCUGGAAUGGUUGGCAUCGGACAAGGGGACACCCAAGCCGGCGGACACGGACAGCGACUAAGCGGUUUGAAGGGACAGAGCACAUUUGGCGGCAUGGAUGAAAGGCAUUGCUGGCGUACAGAGCAUAUUGAGCAUAUGUACUCGAUAUACUCGCUUCAGGAUUCGACGAAUAGACUCGGUAUCAUUUUUUUUCUAGACAGCCAUCCAACUCACAGAGUUCAGCAGCAAAAGGAAAUAAAGUAAAAAAAGGAAAAAAACGCGG